GACGUAUCACGGGGGCCUGACGAGGAUUACCCGGAACGUUUGAUGAGCCCACCUCCAACAAAAGAACCGCGAUCGAUAAUAAAACAAGGAUAUUAUAGCAGUCAACAAAAUUUGCACUCUAAUAGCACAAUGCAGGUGGAUCGAGGAGAUUUGAGAUACUCACAGAGCAAAACCAUAAACUUCAAUGACCUUCCUGAAGAGCAGCGCUAUCGUAUAAUGCAAGAAAAUCUGGAACGGCUAAGGAGAAGUCGUGCUACCACGCCAAAACCUCCAGUAACCUCCUUUAAUGGGCCAUUUUUUAAGCUCGAGGAAGUUAGCACUUCAAAAACUAACGAGGCAGUGAUGUGUAAUGGAGGCAACGAUUAUUCUCAACGAGAAAUGACUGACAGUAGAGCUUCUUUUGCUGAGUCCAGGGUAUUGUCAGCAUCAGAAGCGGAGCUUUCUCAAAUUAAGGAUGCAUCAGUGGUGAUAUGGCCGCCACUUGGCGACAAAAAGCCCCGAUCGCAGUCAGUAAUGGCUAGAAGUGUUACUGGUAUGUUUGCUGAUGUGAUUUUACCAAAACUCAAUAGAAUCAAUAAAUCGAUAGCGUUCUUCUAG